GGAGUAAGCGAGCCCUAGCAGCACUCAGUGUUGGUCAUCAUGUGACCUAAGAGCUAGACCGUUUGGGGCGCUGGGUUUUGCCGAGGCUUUGCCAGGGAAUGUUUGACAUACCCUUCGUAUGCGGGUGGUUAAGCGUUGAGGAAUAUCAUAUGUCAUUGCUCGCAGCAUCCCAAAUAGCUUCCAUAAUUUAGUUGAUUCGGUCCCUACUCGAAGAAUUUCAAUUCUGGAAAUCUGUAUCGACGGCCGAAAUCAAAUAACGAAACACUUUCUCUUAAGUUUUCCACCCAACUGCCAAAAUGUCGUCACGCCAAUAUGAUUUGGUGGUCUUUGGCGCCACAGGUUACACUGGCAAACUUACAGCUGAACACAUUACAACUCAUCUUCCCACAGACUUGAAGUGGGCUAUAGCAGGAAGAUCAGCCACAAAGUUAGAAGCUGUAGCAGCAGAGUGCAAGACACUGAAUCCUAAUAGAAGUCAGCCUGCGAUCGAAAUAUGCAAACUCGAAGAUGCAAAUUUGAGUGCUUUAGCCAAGAAGACAAAAGUUCUGAUAGCAACCGUUGGGCCAUAUGGUCUUUACGGUGAACACGCCUUUAAAGCCUGUGCUGAAAAUGGAACCCAUUACCUCGAUGUCACUGGCGAGAUCCCCUUCAUCAAGGACAUGAUCAAGAAAUACGAGAUCACAGCAAAGAAAAACGGCAGUGUCAUGAUCCCUCAGAUUGGAAUCGAGUCCGCUCCAGCAGAUCUCGUCACAUGGACAUUGGUCGACAUGAUCCGAAAAAAGUUAUCUGCUCCCACAGGAGAAGUCGUCGUUUCAGUUCAUGAUAUGAACUCCACACCAUCCGGCGGAACAAUGAACUCAGUCUUUUCCCUAAUGGACACCUGGAGCCUCAAAGACAUCGCCGCAGCCCACGCCCCAGGCGGCAUCUCACCCAUCCCCGUCCCAAAAGUCCAACCCCACAAAUCCCUCACCACCAAAAUCCUCGGCAUCUGCUCCGUCUCUGAUCUCGGUAUCCUGACCAGCUCCCUAGGAGGAACAGCAGACAGACCUAUCAUCUACCGCAGCUGGGCGCUCCUAGGAGGAGACAAGACCUAUGGACCCAAUUUCCACUUCUCGGAAUACAUGAAAGCGAGAAACCACCUUUCUGCUAUUGUGAUUCAUUUCAGUAUCAUGAUCGGCUCGAUGUUACUCGCAAUCCCCCUGUUUCGCACGGUUGCGCGGAAGUGUGUUUACAAGCCUGGUGAAGGAGCGACUAGGGAGCAGUACAGGAAUGAUCGUGUUGAGUACCGCGGUAUUGGCAUUCCCGAUGUGCAGACAUCGAGUACGACCAGGGCUUUCUGUAGGUUGAACUAUGAGGGCUCUUGUUAUACUUAUACUGGUCUCUCUGUAGCAGAAGCAGCCAUCUCGCUUCUACGGGAUGAUCAUAACCUGUCUGGCGGCAUAUACACGCCUGCAUGUCUAGGUCAGAAGUUCAUCGAUCGACUUGAGGGAGCUGGCAUCCAGUUCGAGAGGAAGUUUUACGAUAAUUAGGGGGCUGUUACAUAUAUUGUGUGAAAUAGCUAGGCGAAUAUUUGUUGUCUAGAUAGUAGUCGUUCCCUUGUAAUAACAGAAUAUACCAUGCAUACAUUGCUUGGUCUCUUCGUAAAUGUGAGGAUCAUCCAUUUGUUUCAAUAUCUAUAUUCGUGCUCAGGCCGCAGGAGCAGCAGAGUAAGGUCCUGUAGUGGGUUAUGGUGCCUUUUGGUGUGCUUGUGUGGGUAUGAUGGGU